CAGUUGAAGUUCACCCCACAAAGCAGGGCAAAAAAUGCUGAUAUUGUUCAAUGGCUUCACAGAUGAAGUGCAUGAAUGAAAGAUAAUCGAGAAGGGGAUGAUGCAUCCUCGGUUAUCUUCUGAUGACUGAUUUUUUUGGACCAGAAAAGCUUACUAAGCUUACUCGUUGUAUGGACCAGAAAAGCUUAAGCAAGCUUGCCAAAGCUCUGUUCAAGAACACCAACAAUCCCAAGCUCGCAUGGCACCUCUUCAAGCGCAUUCUUCUCGCCUCACCCACCUCCUCCUCUUCCUCUCACCACGCUCUUCCACUCAUACCCGUCAUCGCUCGCAUCCUUAUUCAUGCGCAAAUGCACCGCGAAAUCGAUAGCCUUCCCGAGCUCCUCUUUGCCUCGCAGCCCAUCGAAACUUCUCACCCUUGUCUCGUUUCCCUCGUCCAAGUCUUGGCCAAGUCGGGUCUCGUCGAUGAGGCCGUUUCCCAAUUCAAAUCCCUCCGAACCCGGUUCCCGGAAAAGCUUUCUUCGGUAUUUUUGUACAAUUUGCUUCUUGAGUCCUCCUUAAGGGGAGACCGUGUAGAUUUUGUGACAUGGUUGUAUCGGGAUAUGAUUGUCGCUGGGAUUAGCCCGGAAACUUAUACUUUUAAUCUUUUGAUACGUGCAUUGUGUGAUUCGGGUCGUUUGGAGGAGGCCCGGGAGGUGUUUGAUAGAAUGCCUGAUAAGGGUUGUCCACCAAAUGAGUUCAGUGUUGGGAUUUUGGUUCGUGGGUAUUGUAGAGCUGGGCUUGCUACCCAAGGCUUAGAUCUUUUAAAUGAGAUAAGGGGUUGUAAUGUCUUGCCCAACAGGGUUGUGUACAAUACUUUGAUAUCUAGCUUUUGUAGAGAAGGUAGGACUGAUGAAGCUGAGAGAUUGGUAGAGAAAAUGAGAGAGGAUGGUCUGUUUCCAGAUGUUGUUACUUUCAAUUCUAGGAUAUCGGCCCUUUGUAAGGCGGGGAAAAUACUGGAGGCUUCUAGAAUUUUUAGAGAUAUGCAAAUUGACGAACAAUUGGGGUUGCCUCGACCAAACAUUAUAACGUAUAAUUUAAUGCUGGAGGGGUUUUGCAAGCAAGGAAUGCUGGAGGAAGCAAAGACCUUGUUUGAGUCUAUGCAAAAGGUUGGUGAUUUUGUAAGUUUGGAGAGUUAUAAUAUAUGGUUGUUGGGUUUGGCCAGGACUGGGAAGCUCUUAGACGCUCGGUUGGUUCUAAAAGAAAUGGUAGAUAAGGGCAUUGAACCAAAUAUUUACUCAUACAACAUCGUGAUGGAUGGGCUAUGCAAAAAUGGGAUGCUCUCUGAUGCAAGAAUGGUUAUGGGCUUAAUGAUAAGUAGUGGGAUUAUCCCGGAUACAGUAACAUAUAGUACUUUACUACAUGGGUACUGCAGUAAGGGGAAGACAUCUGAGGCCAAUAAUAUUCUCCAUGAGAUGAUCAGUAGUGGUUGUUUCCCAAAUACCUAUACUUGCAACAUUUUGUUGCACAGCCUAUGGAAAGAGGGGAGAACAUCAGAAGCAGAGGAACUGCUAAAAAAGAUGAACGAAAGACGUUAUGGCUUAGAUACUGUGACAUGCAAUAUUGUGAUUGAUGGUCUAUGUAAUAGUGGGAAAUUGGACAAAGCAAUUGAAAUUGUGAAUGGGAUGUGGACUCAUGGAAGUGCUGCUCUUGGUAACCUAGGGAACUCAUUUAUAGGCCUAGUUGAUGAUAGUAAUAAAUGGAAGAGAUGCAUGCCUGAUUUGGUCACCUACUCAACAAUAAUUGGUGAGUUAUGCAAAGCUGGGAGGCUUGAUGAAGCUAAAAAGAAGUUCACUGAGAUGGUGAGGAAAAACUUGGUUCCUGAUUCUGUGAUUUAUGAUACUUUUAUACAUACUUUCUGUAAACAAGGAAAGCUAUCAUCUGCAUUUCGAGUUCUCAAGGACAUGGAGAUAAAAGGUUGCAACAAGACCCUUCAAACGUAUAACUCAUUGAUUUUGGGUUUUGGGAGUAAAAACCAAAUAUUUGAAAUAUAUGGGCUGAUGGAUGAGAUGAGAGAAAGAGGGGUUCCUCCAAAUGUUUUCACUUAUAACAAUAUAAUUAGCUGUCUUUGUGAAGGAGGAAAAGUGAAAGAUGCCACCUCUCUUUUAGAUGAAAUGCUACAGAAGGGCAUAUCCCCUAAUAUAUCUUCCUUUAGAAUAUUAAUCAAAGCUUUCUGCAAGGUGUGUGAUUUUGCAGUUGCAAAGGAGAUAUUUGAGAUUGCUCUAAGUAUAUGUGGCAACAAGGAAGCGUUAUAUAGUUUGAUGUUCAAUGAGCUACUUGCUGGAGGGGAAGUCUCCGAAGCUAAAGUUCUGUUCCAAGCGGCAUUGGAUAGGACUUUUGAUGUGGGGAACUUCGGGUACAAAGAUCUUAUUGACAGACUCUGCAAGGAUGAAAAGUUAAACGAUGCUAGUGGGAUUUUACAGAAGAUGAUCAAUAUAGGAUAUGGAUUCGAUCCUGCAUUAUUCAUGCCAGUGAUUGAUGGCUUGGGUAAAAGGGGAAACAAGCUUGAGGCUGAUGAACUUGAAGAGAGGAUGAUGGAAAUGGCCUCAGAAGGUAGGGUUGAAAAUAAGGUUUAUCGAAACCAGAAGGAGAUAAUCCAGGGAAAACCAAACAAGUAUAAGAGAAUUGAUUGGCAGACCAUACUUCACAGAGAUGAUGGUAGUGGAAUUGUACUGAAAGCUCUUAAGCGGGUACAGAGAGGCUUGGAUCAGGGUACUAUAUCAAGUUUGCAGCCCCAUAAAAAUGAAGUUCUCGAUUAUUGGGAUGGUGGUGGUUAACUUCAUUAACUCUUUGGGGUCAAUGCUCAAGAUUUAAAGAGAUUAUAGGAAAGCAGAAUGUCAAAAUUGAAGCUGUCAGAGAAAUUCAAGUGCCUCUUUUUUUGUACCUCAGUCAGAAAAUCCUUUUCAUUAUCAUAUUGAGGCUGGAUGGUCGCACAAGACAGCUACGAGUUAUUUCAUAUUAGUACCCUUUAUUCAUUGUGGACUUGGAGGUAACUCUAACUAAAUAUGUGGAAUUCAAGCAUGCUUGCAUAAAAUCUUGUUUACAUCUAAUAAAAUUCUAGCUGGACACUGACCAUUCUCUUUUCAUAGGGUUCUCUUUCAUUACAAAAAUGUUUUCGUAACAAUCUUUUGCUUUGUUGUUGAACAUUUGCAUUUUAAUGACAUUUACUAAGCCAGUUCAAGUUUAUUAUUUGCUUGUCAAGAUUAUAAAAUGUUCUGGUCUCUCUUCCUGCUUCUUAGUUUUCUGCUCGAUGAUUUGCAGGAUUAUUACUUCCUGAUGAACCUAGUAUGGCCUUGAAUGGGUUUGUGCUCUUAUCAGCAAGUCACUUCCCUUGUUUCACCAAUAUAUUUUUUGUGUGGAUAGGAUAGCACUAAAUGAACGUUUGGCACUAACAGUUCUCUUGUGGUCUACUGUUCAUUAUGUCAAACAAAGCUAGAUUUUGUUACAAGAAAAAGGUUGGUCCCAAAAAAGCAGAAAGGCGAAUGCAUAUCCAAUCAAGAAAAUGUAUACCUUUUCUUCUGGUGGUGUAUAAUGUGCUUGGUCCAAUGUCCAUAAUGAGCAACAGAAAGAAGAUCCAAUAUCAAGAUUCAUACUUUUUGGCGGUUUAUUUAAUAUGUUAUGUAGCAUAUGGAUUUAUGUAGUACAGCCGUCUGAUUGAUAGUGGAAAGGAAUAUUUGGUGCCUUGUUGAACUGUGUAAUAUAUAAGGGUUGCCAUUUAUUAGGUUUGUCGAUGGUCUACAUCUUGCAGUGUGGACUCUAUUUUUUUUUUUUUUUUUUUUGUAAGAUGUGUGGACUCUAUUUUAGU